AUGUUUUCUCUAAGAAACUCGGUGAGAACUUCUUUGAAGUCUAUGUGCAAGACUCAAACGCGAUUGCUUUCAUCGUCGAGCAUCGCUGCCAAGUCUACUUACAGAACUCCAAAUUUUGGUGAUGCUGUCCAAGACGAUGUCAACGCUGACAAAAGCCGUUCUUUCGCCUACUUCAUGGUCGGCUCGCUAGGACUUCUAUCCUCUGCAGGUGCCAAGUCGACUGUUGAGACUUUUGUCUCCUCCAUGUCUGCAUCCGCAGAUGUCUUGGCCAUGGCCAAGGUUGAAGUCAACUUGGCUGCUAUCCCAGAGGGCAAGAACGUCGUUGUCAAAUGGCAAGGUAAACCGGUGUUCAUUAGACACAGAACUGCACAUGAAAUUCAAGAGGCUAACCAGGUCGACAUGUCUGCUCUAAAAGACCCUCAAGCCGACUCCGACAGAGUCAAGGACCCAGAAUGGCUGAUCAUGUUGGGUAUCUGUACGCACCUGGGCUGCGUGCCUAUUGGUGAGGCAGGUGAUUUCGGUGGUUGGUUCUGUCCUUGUCACGGUUCUCAUUAUGAUAUCUCUGGUAGAAUUAGAAAAGGUCCAGCUCCAUUGAACCUGGAAAUCCCACAAUAUGAAUUCGAAGAUGGUAAGUCAAAACUAAUUGUUGGUUAA